GUCAGUGAACUUUUUAGUUAAUAUUUGUAACUAAUUUUUUUUUUUUAGUACGUUUAAUUUUUAAGUAAUCGGUAGGUAAUCCUACAUUUUAAAUAUUAUUAUUUUUGUUGAAUUUGAUGACCAAUGAUCACAGUUGAAUUUUUAAUUUUUAUUAGUUUACUAUAAUUAACUUCUUGACAUAAAAUACUACUACAUUCAUUAAAAUCAUGGGAGUUCCAAAAUUCUUUCGCUACAUGAGCGAACGAUAUCCUUGCCUAAGCGAACUUGUCAAAGACUAUCAAAUUCCAGAAUUUGAUAAUCUAUACCUAGACAUGAAUGGGAUUAUUCAUAACUGUUCACAUCCAAAUGAUGAUGACCCUCAUUUUCGUAUCACUGAAGAGGUUAUAUUUAAAAAUAUAUUUCAUUACUUAGAGGUUUUAUUUCAAAUGAUUCAACCUCAAAAGUUAUUUUUCAUGGCUGUCGAUGGAGUUGCUCCUCGUGCUAAAAUGAAUCAGCAACGUGGUCGUCGUUUUAGAUCAGCUCAUGUUGCUGCUGAACAAAUGAAAGCUGCUAUUGUUAGAGGUGAAACAUUACCUACUUCAGAGCGCUUUGAUUCAAAUUGUAUUACACCUGGCACAGAGUUCAUGGUGCGUUUACAAAAUGAACUUGAAUAUUUUGUCAAUGAUAAAGUGUCCAAUGAUCCAUUAUGGAGUAAAGUUCAAGUAAUACUUUCUGGUCACCAAGUCCCAGGUGAAGGUGAACAUAAAAUUAUGGACUAUAUUAGGUAUAUGAAAUCACAGCCAGACUAUGAUUCAAAUACUAGACAUUGCCUUUAUGGUUUGGAUGCAGACUUAAUAAUGUUAGGUUUAUGUACUCAUGAACCAUAUUUUUCAUUGCUCAGAGAAGAGGUUAAAUUUGAUCGCAAAGCAAAACGUGAAACUUCUGUUGAUGAAACCAAAUUUUAUUUAUUACAUUUAUCAUUGAUGAGAGAUUAUUUAGAUUUAGAGUUUCAAGUGCUUAAAGAAGUUCUACCUUUCAAAUAUGAUUUAGAAUCUAUUAUUGAUGAUUGGGUAUUAAUGGGAUUCCUAAUAGGUAAUGAUUUUAUACCUCAUUUACCUGAUUUGCAUAUUUCUAAAGGAGCUUUACCUAUUCUGUAUAAGGUUUACAUGGAUGUAUUGCCACAAGUAGGAGGUUAUUUAAAUGAAAAAGGUUCUUUAAAUCUUAAAAGGUUUCAAAUAUUUAUGAAAAGUUUGGCAAAUUUUGAUUAUGAUCAAUUUAGAGAUACUUUUGCUGACAUUAAAUAUCUAGAAGGAAAAAGAACUGCCAAUGGAAUUGAAACAAGUGAUGAAUCAGAUCCAGCAUAUAAAGAUGAACUAGCUACUUUAAUCAAAGAUACUGAAAAAUUUCUUCUUAGUGAUGAUGAUGAGGAUGGAAAUGAAGAGUCGAGUGAAACUGAAGAAGAAGCAAUGAUGGCAGAGUUCACAUUACAUAAAGAAAAUUACUAUAGAAAUAAAUUAGAAUACAAUGUUAUUACUGAAGAUGUAAUGCGUUCUCAAGCAGAAGGAUACAUUCGAGCAAUACAAUGGAAUUUAAACUAUUAUUAUAAUGGUUGUUGUUCUUGGUCUUGGUAUUAUCCUCAUCAUUAUGCACCAUAUAUUUCUGAUAUCAAGGACUUUGAAAAUAUCCAGCUUGAAUUUGAUUUAGGCCAACCAUUCUUACCUUUUCAGCAGUUGUUGGCAGUAUUACCAUCACUUAGUAAAGAGUUAUUACCAAAACCUUUUCAAGAUUUGAUGAUAGAAGAAGCUAGUCCAAUUAGAAUGUACUAUCCUGAACAAUUUGAAACUGAUCUCAAUGGAAAACAACACGAAUGGGAAGCUGUCGUAUUAGUUCCUUUUAUUGAUGAAGAAACUCUAUUAAAGUCUAUGAAAAUGGUCGAACACAAACUUUCAGAUGAUGAAAAAAAAAGAAAUUCACAUGGUCCUAUGUAUCUUUUUAAGUAUACCAAAGAAAAUAUGGGUAUAGUGUCAAACUCAAAGUAUUUUCCACCUAUUCAAGAAAGUCAUGCACAUAGAAUAUUGAUUAAUCGUGAAGAUAUUGCCGUUGAUCCUAAUGAUUUAGUUAAAGGUUUGUGUCCAAAUGUAAACUUGGAUGUUUAUCAUGUUGGGUUUCCUACUCUUCAUCUCAUACCAAUUACAGCUGAAUUACUCAAGAAAGGUGUAAAAGUUUUUCAAUCUUCAAGUUUGGGUGAAAACAUGAUAAUUAAAAUAAUUAAUCAAGAUGAAAAUAUUGAAGGCAAUAUACAAAGUAUUGCUAAAGAGUUACUUGGCAAAACUGUGUAUGCUAAUUGGCCUCAUCUUGAAGAAAUAAAAGUUACUGCUAUAUCUAGCAAAUCUUUACUUUUGUCUCUUGACGAUAAUGAGCAUGUCAUUGUUCGAGAUAUGGAUGAUUCAGCAGUACAGGAAUUCAAAUUACUUUCUCAAGGGUUUGCAAAAACCUAUAUGUCUACUCGUGGUAUUGAUAUUGGAAAAACUUCUAUACUGUUUCGAGGUCAAAAAUUAAAGGGAACUAAAUAUAUACCAAGACAAGAUGGCAGUGGUGUAGAUUUAGUGAAAGCUUGGUGUGAAAUUCCUUCAACUGUAGCAUUUCAAACAGCUGUCCUUGAUUUAGAAGUUAAUGACCCACAUAUUAAACAAAGUUAUUUUGCUCUUGAAGAGUACUUCCCUGUUGGAGGAAAUGUUUUUGUACUGGAUGCUCCAUUUUACGGUUGUCAAGCAGAAGUGAUUGGUGGUUAUAUAUCUUCUAGAAUUAAAAUUGAUAUAACACUCACACCUGAACCAUACUUCUAUGAUCUCCGUGAUACUCUAAAUUCUGUUUCUAUUGAGAUGUUUAAUGGUAUACCAGUAACUAAAUUGGAUAAAUUAAAAGCAGAUGAAGAUGCUGAUACACGUGUGUUAGAUCGUGUAGUAUGUAUACGAUCAUCUUAUCAAGUCCCACUUGGUUAUAAAGGCACAGUUAUCAGUAUUAAUAAAUCAAACGUUGAUACUGAAACUGUAUACUCUGUAAUAUUUGAUAAAGAAUUUGCUAAUGGGGUUUCUUUAGGAGGUAGUCCUAAUAGAGGUUAUAAACUUUGUAGAAUGUCAUUUAUUAACUUAUCACAUGCUAUACGUACUGGGCUUUAUAAACCAUUAGUUGUUAAAGUACCAAUUAGUCAAAGAUCAAAUACUGAAAAACAGAACACUCAAAUGAGCAUUUGGGAACAUUUACAGUCAAAUUCUAAGAACUCAGAUAAAAUAUCAAAGAAUACUGAAUCUAAAUUUACAUUAGCUUCAAAGGAAUCUUGGCGACGACAACAAUUACAGAACGAGUCAAAUUCAGUAAUGAACAGUAAUAUUUCCCAAAAACAAGGACAACCUGUUGAAGAAUUAAAGAAAACCCAGAGCAGUCAAAAUUAUAACAAUAAUAAAUCUAAUAAUUCUUCUUUAUUGAAUGCUGAUGCAUGCGAGUUCACAACAUUGGCUCUUAAAAAAAUGUUAAAAAUUCAAUCGGAAGAUAACUCUAUUAUAAAAACCAAUUCAAAAUUGGAGUCAAUCAAGAGUUUCUCCAGUGCACCAAGUGGUUCAAGUUAUAAUAGUAAAGAGCAAAUGACUGAGAAUAAUUUUAGCAGGAAUAAUGAUAACAGUAUACCUUACUUCCCAGCAGAACCAUCAACAUCUAUGACUGCUGCUCUAGAGAGCUUUUAUAUUUCUAAAGGUUAUGGAACACCCAGGUAUAGUUUUACAAAUAAAGUAGAUAAGAAUAUGAAAUUGUAUAGUGCAUCUGUAUUAUUACCAAAUGGCAUAACUUUACCAGGAGAAGUAAAACCAACCCAUACAGAGGCCACUGAAGAUGUAGCUGCUCGUGCCUUGAUUAUUAUAAAAAAGAUUGAAUCUAACCAAAAUAAAGCUGAACAAGUGAUAUCUAAUAAUUUUUCUCAGAAAAUAAAUCCUAGACUGGUUACCCAACAAGAAAUAGCAAAACAAAUUCCACAACAGCAAGCACCACCUAAUGCAUACAUGAACUGGAUAUCAUCAUAUCCACAUCAGUCUUACCAACAACCUAUUCCUCAACAAUCAGUUCAAUAUUUUAAGGGACCUCAAAUCGCAUAUCAACAAUUCCAGCCUCAACAGUUUUUAGCUCAAUAUGCACCAAAUUAUCAAGUACCAAGACAGUCAUAUCAUCUACCUUUUGUAUCACAACCUACUUUUACUCAACAAAAUGUAGUUAGUGGAUACUCGUUACCAUCACAACAGUAUUUUAACUAUCCUCAAGAAAUGCAGUACUCAAAACCUGUACCUACAGUGUUUCCUAAUAUUGUAAAUCCAGCUCAGUUGCCACAGCCUCCAAUUCACUGGCAAGCAACUCCUAGAAAUGUUCCAACAGCUAAUAAUGAAAUUCUCAUGAACCCUCUACAGCAAACUUAUCAAUCUCAUACAACUAUAAGUCAUCCAACUUAUACACGAUCAGUACCAAAAGAAAUGUUAAUGAAUGAUUCGCGUUCACCAAAUAAUAGAGUAAUAAUUCCAAGUCCUUCUAGUGCUUUUACUUCAGCAGCCACCUCUGGUAAACGAAAGAUUAGAAUUGCUGCAAAUUUUAACACUCCACAGCAACAAUAAAAAAGUUCUAUAUAAAAUAUUUUUUUUAUAAAAUUUUAAAAACGAACUUUGAAAUUUUAUAACAAAAUGUAAUCAAAAACCUGUUCAAAUUUGACGUAAAAUGAAAAGGCCAAAAAAAGCGUAUAGAAUAAUUAAAAAGUGAUAUAAUAUAAUAGAGAUUCAUUUUUUAUUCAAACUUUAUGGUUGUUUCUAUUGUAUUUUAUAACAUUGUACUAUAGGUGUAAUUAUUAUAUAUUAAUA